AUGAAAUUUCCCAUCCAUUCUAGCCUUGAGGCCUUCACUCGACCAAUCUCCGCUUUGGCAAGACAUCGCAUCCAUCAGCUGUCCGACAUUCGAGAAGUCUCUGGGUCUUCCAGGGCAGCAACUGUUGGGAAUACAGGCGUUGAAUGGUCCGAUGGCACCAAAGACAGACCGCAGACACCCGCGCUCCCCAGCGAUGCUCUCUCACAUACCACGUCCUCCGAAUAUCUCACUCCUACAGCAUUUCGUUCUGGUUGCAAAGCCAACUCAUCAGUCCUGGGCAGUCGGACCGCAAGCGCGAUCAGUCUGCCUCAGCGCCAUGUCCCCGAACGAAGAUCCUCUGCCAGCAUUUUUUCGCGUGGUCUUAGACCUUCUGGACAAGUUUCGAUGCAAGAAAUGCCGACGUGGGGAAUGCCCGAGUUGGACGAUAAUUGCAAGGUUGUACCGGAUAGGGGUCGAGCUGAAUCGCCUGUUCGACAAGCCAUAGGCCGCUCUGCUCAAUCAUCGGAGAUUCUUCGACCAUCCGCGGCACGUACAUUCAUCCGUACUUCACCACCACACGAACUCUUGGACAAUGGCAGCAGUCGUCAUCCCCGUGUUGAGCUGUCGGUACGUCUCCCGUCACCAUUGUUUGUUGGGGGCGGUACAGUGGAAGGACAAAUAGCUGUCCAGGUCGAUGGCGGAGGGACUCGGAAAUCGAAGCUGAAGCCCAUUCACGUUUCCAAGGCUUCCGUUGAUGUGAUCGGUGUUGAAGAAAUCAGUGAUGGCAGGCGCUGGGUCUUUCUAUCCCUCGCCACAGAAUUGUUCGACAGUGACAAUCUCCCACCUCCUUCUCUGGUGACUUCUCAACGCCCUUUACCCGGCCCGGAGUUGUGGUGGGAGCUGAAAGCGUCUACGUCCGUUCUUCCAUUUUGUGUCAACCUCCCGCUCAAACUUGGUCCUCCACCUUACGCCUCCCGGCAAGCUUCUAUACGGUACCUUUUAUGUCCCUCAGUUGUAAUCAGAGUAGGAGAUAAGCGAAGCGUCGUCAGGCAGACAUGGAACGUCCAGAUGCUUACCGUCCAUGAUCCAGAGAAGGCACUGGCGAGCUUACCAAGUCCCCUGUUAGCUGCGGACACCCUCUACCUGACAAGGGAACCGGAAAUCCAGACCGUGAAGCUGACAGCAGGGCUACAUCGGCAGACGUGGGUCAAUGGAGCCGCAAUCUUUAUCGACAUCCAUGUUCUCAACAACUCGACAAAGUCGAUCAAGAAGAUAGAGGUCCAAUUGGAAAAGACGACCUUAUGGUACACACACGCACCUGCUGGGACCGUCGAAAAGACCGCAAACCACCUUCGCCUGCCCAGACGCACUGACACUGAGAUCGUCAGUGGCUCGGCACUGAAAAGGGGCAGCGCAUGGAAUGGAAUUCUGUCACACUCUUCCGAGGUCAGGACCAUUGAGCUCGAGGCGCCACGCGGCCAUGUCACGAUCAGCACUGGAAGAUAUUUUGAAGUCAGAUAUUUUGUCAAUGUGGUGGUCACCGUUAAGAUGUUCAAGACUGUGGCGGUGCAGCUUCCUGUAACACUUAUCCCAAUCAACUCUCUCGAUAUCUUGCCCAAUUCACUUGCCCAAGUCGCUGCCUCGAUUGAAGCCAAGAGGGAAAAAACCGUCCCCGCCCUAGCUGACGGCCCGGGUCAUGAGGCUUAUCAUCAAGGACAAGCAUUCACUGCUCCACUCCGUCGGUCAAUGGAGCAACAACGAGAAAGAGCGGCCAUGCUUCCAAACGAUGAGCAUACUCUCCAAGAAGAUAUCGAUAGCUCCCCUAGGCGACGAGGACACAUCCACCAUCACUCCAGGGGAGGACCCGACUCUGAAGUCACCGACGAAAACACGGCCCCUGGUCGUCCAAGCAUGGCGUCAUCCUCCCACCACCAUGUUACCCGACACCCAAGCUGUUACCACUGCCACCUUGCCUUUGAGCAGCAGGAUUCGGGUAGGCAGGAAGGUCCGCGGCUGCCUAGACUUCAGGUUUCUACUUCAGGCCUUGGAUUCUCGGAAUCGGAAUUCGAAGUGCCCGCUGACUCCCCACCUCGAAAGGUCAUGCUCAGUGAACGGGAACGCAACAUGAUCAAUCAACAAAGAGAACUGAGGAAUCGGCAGCAACGAAGCAAUCGAAAACAGAAGCGGCCAAGCUCAGAGAUCGCACGGGGUCAUGCGCCACGCCGUUCUCAGGAUCAAGCAAGUUGGAACAAUGUCGUGGCUGACUCGGCGACCGGUCCAAAACAGCCCGACUUUGGCAAUGUCAGUGCACUGGGAGUCCAUCCACAGAGAACCAGCGUAGGCAUGAACCCCUCAGAUUUUCAAGCGAGAGGUGGGGGCGCGGCAAGAAGCAGAUCCAAGACCAAUCCCGAGGGACCGAAACGACUGCAAGGAGCAAACAGGCCGAGACGCAGGUCAAGCACAGAUCGACUUGACCGCGUCCGUGUGACUGUUGACGCAGCGCCAUUCUCCGGGGCGCCUCGCAGGACAAGCAAAGGGGUCGGCUACCGAGGAAGUCUGGAUCAAUUGUUUUGA